AUGGCAGAUUCGUACGACAGACAUCGGCGGCGGCGACGUCGAGAUCGUUUGGAGUACGGGAGACACAGUGAGGACGUUUCGCCAGCAGCCAGCAAGCCGCCGGUGACAAUUCUGGGCUUGGCUAAACCAACAAGAAGUAGUAUUGUAAGUACUACUACUACUACUAGUACCGUAAGUACUACUACCACGACAGCAACAACCAUGAUGACUGGUUCAAGUGUUGGCGAUAAUGUGGUUAAUAUAGGAACAGAUCCUGAUGUUUCUGAUAAUGUUGCUCAUCAACUUUUAGAGCUGACAAUUGAUGCGGCACCGGGUACGGAUAAAACAUCUGUGGUGACGGAGGGUAAACCUCGCUUGACUGCUGUGAAAUCAGCAGAAUUGGACUCAACAGAAAUACCUCGCUCGCAGCUGGAAGAAAGCUCUCACACUACAGAUGACGCUUCUGUUGGCAUGACGAGGAGGGUGUCUGCAGCUAGCACUGUAGGAAACAUCAUCAGUGGGGUCAUUGACCAAAGCGCACAAACUCAGUUAAAGUUAGCACCACCACUUGAGAAACAAACAACAGUCAAGAUGAUAGACAGUAGCUUUCAGUGGACAGACAGUGGACAUGACCUGAUGUUAGAUCACACAGAUCUGUUAGUGGUCGGUAUCAUUGGUCUGCAGGGGUGUGGCAAAUCCACCUUGCUGUCGCUUCUAGCCGGCAACACAAAUCAAGAUGCCUACAGAAACUAUGUGUUUUUUCCACAAACAAAAGAAGCGAAGGAGGAUUGUUUAUAUCAGACGUCGGGGGUGGACAUGUUUGUCUCUACAGAAAGAAUUAUUUUGCUGGACACUCAGCCUCUUGUGAGUGUUGCUAUGAUGGAUGGUAUGUUGAGGUAUGAGAGAAAAAUUCCCCCCGAAUAUUCAUCUCAUCUUAACUUUAUCGAGGUACAGUCGGUGCAGCUUUUGACUUUCAUGUUGUCGGUUUGUAAUGUCAUCCUAGUUGCUGAUGAUUGGUUUAUAGAUUUGAAUUUAUUAAAAGUGAUUCAGGAUGCAGAAAUGCUGAAGCCUUCUACUCAAGCCUCAUCAUCGACUGCUGACAACUCAUCCACGAGAGAGGAUGGGCUUGAUUUCUAUCCGACUGUAAUCUUCAUCCACAACAAAGCUUGUCGUGAUGACUUCACCCCUGAAGCCUAUUUUUCCAUGCAACAGGUGCUACUCAAGAUGUUCUCCUCCUCAAAGCUGAAAAUUAAAAGUGGAAUCACUAUGACCAGCAGUAUCCUUGGUGAGCCGCUGAUUCAGCCGUUACCUGGCACAGAGGAGAGUGAAGCCAGAGACGUGAACCUGCUUCUGAUCCCCACAAUGGAGUUCUACAAAUCGGAGCCUGAUUUCCUGGAGACCACACUUCCAGAGUACAGAGGCUAUCCCAGUUUUAGCACCAUCUUGUCAUUUUUCAGAGCACAGAUCCUGUCCUCGCCUCGUUCACCUAUGACCAACACAAUUCUCUCUGAGAAGAACUGGUAUCAUUUUGCUGCCAGGAUGUGGGAGUCAGUGAAGAAAUCCAGCCUCAUUGCUGAAUAUAACAGACUGUUGGCAUCGACUUCUUAG